AUGUCAGAUCCAAUCACCGAUGCACAAGCGUUGGAAACCGAAGGCAAGCUCGCCGAAGCCAUCCAAGCCUACGAUAGUAUCCUCAGCACGACUGACGAAACGUCAACCCUGGCACUCGCUAAUUUUCGGUUGGGGACAAUCUAUCGGACCUGGAGAGAACUUUUCACGGCACAACGGUUUUUAACGAAAGCGCAUCAACUGUCCCCAAGUGAUACGGGCAUCCGAGACGCUAUUGCUGAACUCAAUCUGCAUUUUUCAGAAAAUCGGGACGCGAUCGCUGAGGAGAUGUCCCGCAAAAACAGCGACCAAAUUGUGUCCCUCUUCCGUAUCGCUACAGGGAUUAAGCUUAUCACGAUGGAUAAGGCGGUUCAGGCGUAUCCGUUGCUGAAGAGUCGCACCAAGAUUUUUCCGAACGCUGCUGUCGCGAAGCACCUCCUCACCAAUAUCCAGAUCACGGAAGAGGAACGAAACUCAGCAAUCGAUUUCCUGUUGGAGAGAGACUGGCUUGUCAAGACUGAUGUGUCGCUUUACACGAUAGGAAAGAGCGGACUGUCCGCUUUUUAUACGGAGCUUGCGCAGUUACAUGUCGCCAAUGCGGCUUACUCGGAGGCGGUGGCGUGUUAUGAGCAGGCGUAUUGGCUGGACCCGUCGCAACACCAUCUGCGCUACCAACAACUUAUCUGUCACACCGAAGCAGAGGCGUGGGACGCGGCAGUCGGGAUGCUUGAGCAACUUCCGACCGAAGUCCCAGAAGACGUAGACCUCGUGGUGUAUCAUACCGCUGUUGCACAGAGUUAUCACCAUGCCUACCAGACUACCCAAGACGAGAAUGCUAAGCAGAAAGUGAUCGAAGCGUGUGAGACGGUAUUGCGUCUGGACAAGAAGGCGAAAGAGAUUUCAAAACUCCUUGCGUCGUAUCAGGGCAAAAGGAGUUGGUGGCGUAGGUAG